ACCGGUGUAGAGGGAGCGCGCAGCAGUGCGCAGCGCAUGAAGCCGAAACUACCGCGAACCGUGGAGCUGAACUUUUUAUUCGACUCUUGAGGAGAAAGACGAAAAACACAUCCCCAUCAGUUCGUCUCUUCCACCUUCGACCCGCGUGGAGCUAAAUGACCAGAGGAGAGAGAGGAGCUGAGUGAUACCCGGGGGCACCAUGGAGAGCAAAGGAUUACAGCGCUGUAAGAUCGUGGUGGUCGGGGAUACGCAGUGUGGGAAGACGGCUCUCCUCCAUGUCUUCGCCAAGGACUCGUACCCGGAGAAUUAUGUUCCCACCGUGUUUGAGAACUACACGGCCAGCUUCGAGAUCGACAAGCAGAGGAUCGAGCUCAACAUGUGGGACACGUCAGGUUCAGCCUACUACGACAACGUGCGCCCGUUGGCCUACCCCGACGCGGACGCCGUGCUCAUCGUCUUUGACAUCAGCCGCCCGGAGACCAUGGACAGCGUGCUGAAGAAGUGGCAAGGUGAGAAGCAGGAGUUCUGCCCCAACGCCAAAGUGGUGCUGGUCGGCUCCAAGCUGGACAUGAGGACGGACAUGAAUGUCAUGAGGGAGCUCUCCAAACACAGACUCAUCCCCGUCACCCACGAACAGGGCACAAGCUUGGCGAGGCAGAUCGGCGCCGUGGCCUACGCAGAGUGCACGUCAAAGUAUUCAGAGAACAGCGUCCGGGACGUUUUCCACGUCACCACGCUGGCGUCCGUGUCCCGCAUCCACCGGCCCCUCCCUCAGCUCAAACGCGCGGGCUCACGUCGCGGCCUCAAGCGGGUCUCCCAGCAGCCGCCUCGGACUGAGAUCAGUGAGCACCCGGCUCCCAUAAGGAAGGACCGGGCCAAGAGCUGUGUGCUCAUGUAGGACCGGGGUUCGACCAGCGAGGCCGACCCAGCGUGUGCCGAUGGAACACGAACCAUACCGCACAUGAACUUAAUUUAUUGGUGAUUUCUUGUCCGCUCUUUGCACUUUGCACUGUGGGUUCUUUGAGGAAUUGUCGAUCUUUAGCAAAACUCUCCUUGUUGUUUUUCUCUGUGGCUGUGUUCUCUGGGGGGGGGGCUUUUACUUAAACGUGGAGACAAAGAGGCCGGUGAGCAAAUGAAGCACAAGGACAGACAAAAAGUGUGUGUUGAGAUUAAAGAGGAAAAGAAAUGAAUUAACGGGUCACCCUGCAGGAAGCGGCUGUAACAAAGCUGGCCUCGACCUCUAUUAUGUUGUUUUCCUGUUUGUGAAAAUGCUAUUCUCUCUUUAGGUGUCUAAGUAAACGAAGCACAAUACAAUGCACGCAAACUGUUCCGAGUUUUCUGUUCACGACAGGGAACGAACUCGCAUGACGGGUCGACAAAGAAAAUCUGGACCAGCUAAAUACUCGUGGGCUGAGAUGACACUAAUUUUCUUAAACCACAAGUGCUUUUUAAUAUUGAAAAAAUGGAUAUAAUCACUCACCACAUAAUACUGUUGUGAAAUUAAUACUGUUCUAACGAUCCACACGGGGAAGGGAAGUCACAGAGGGAGUAAAGAGGGUGAUUGUUAUGUUGUACGUGUCAUAAUGAAAUAAAGAAAAAACUUGCUCUGCUGA